AUGUCAAAUAUAAAUAAAUCGAAAUAUUACAAUGAUGCACUUGAAGAGUACAAAGAUAUGGUCUCAGAUACUGAAAAGGACAACUGGGAUACGAGAAUUGAUGAUACUGGCUGCUACAUAGAAAACUUGGCUUUACAAUUAUGCCAUGCUGAAACAAAUGAUUGGAGAAAGUGCAUGCUAGAGAUGCAAGCCUUUAGAAGAUGUUGGGAAAUAAAGGGUAAUAGGGAUAGAGUUCCUACCAUUGAUAGAGAUGAUAUACCGAAGAGUGAUAGUAAAUUUGUGACUACUUCUGAUAUUCUGCAAACAUCUCUAAAUCCUACGACGGAUAUGACAUCAAGUGAGAAAAAGUGA